ACGUACAAUCAGUAGUAGAACGUCUCCGCUGGAGAGAGGAGGUUCUUCGUGUUGGUGCUCUGAGAUGCAAACCGGUUGCCUGUAGGUCGAAUUUUCCGGCUCGCCGAUGAUGUUUUCGCGAGUUUGUGAGGAUUUUCAGUGAAAUCGUUUCGGAAAAAUCGUCAAGGUGGCGACGAAAGCAGGAACCAAGUCCCGGAAGGAAAAUAUGCUCAAGUUCCUCACUCACAAGCUCCGGACGCACUCGAUAAACGAAGAUAAUUACGUGGAAAAGGCUGAUGAAGAUCGCGAUUCCGGGACCGAAUCCGACGAGGAAAUAGAUGACCCGGACUUACCUUCAGUGAUGUCAGACCGCAUGUGUAGCGUCUCGCCCGCAGACACAGGCUGUUCGAUGGAGAGCCCCGCACCGGACCAGCACGACCCCCACAGUUCAGAGGAGGAGCUGGAGGUGAUCAACAGCAACAAAGAGGAACGUCCUACUCGACCGCUCCGAGCCACGUCGGUCUGUCUGCCGGAAAAGCGCAAGUGGUCCCAAGUCGGCGACUCGUACUCUCGCCACAAAUACACGCCGGAGAACGAGGAAAACAUGUCGCACUACGGCAACCUCAGCCCGUCGUCGCCGUGCUCCCCGUACAAGUGCUACGGGGAGGACGGCAUUCACAUCGAACAUUCCGGCUCUUCGGACGAGGAAGUGCACAAUCUGUUGGCCAGUAUGGCCACCCCGGUGCAGUUCCGCACCUCGCCGCCCCUGGAGGCGGUCAAGCCGGGCAGGAGGACGCCGAUGAAUAAGGGCAGGUCGAUGAGUCCACCGCCGAAAUUGCUGCAUUACGAGGAGUCGCCGAGGAAGAGGUCCAAACACACGAGACAUGCGCAUAUUCAGAGGCCCUACUUGGACUUCGAAAAAAUGCAACAUUUGAAAGCCCGUUCGGUGCGAACAUGGCGUCAUAGUGGAGACCAUGGUGGUGAGCUUUCCGUAUUUUGCUGGUGAGAAGAGCUUAAAGGGCGGUCACCCUCGCCCUGUGAAUUGUCAAAAACUCCAUGUAUGAGCAGUUUACCAGCAUUAUGGCCCGAUCAUUCUUCAAACGAAUAAAAGUGCUGUUUCGUCAAAUUUGGUCAGUAAAUAAUGGGAAUUUUUAAUAACGUGACACAGUGGUGGCCUGUAAACUUAGUGCUUGUAUUUAUGACUGUAAAUAAUUUAAAUCAAAUCACCUGAAGUUCAAUGUGGUACAUCUACAUGGUCUGAAUAAAAUUGACUCUCAAUUGCACUACAACUUACAGCACAAAAUUUGUAUGGCAUUACUAUCAUUUUUGUACUAAAUAGACUCUUGGAUACUGAAGAUUAUCGCCUGUGAAGCGGCCUUUCUCUUAAUUGCUAUAGACUCGCAUAAUUUUGCCUAAUUUACCGAGGAAUACAUAAAACAAAUUUGGACAAUAUACUUGAUUUGUAUGUAGAAAACAGCGCUACAAUCUUCAGUAACAUCAAUGUUGUAAUAAACCAUAGUUGUAAAGGAAUAUUUAGAGGGAGGAAUUUUUAUAAAUUCGAGAUGGUGGUUGGUCCAGAUUGAUACACAAUUCAAUAAUUUGGAAUGUUUCUUGUUACCAACCUCCACUAUAUAAAAGGGAUUUCGGUAGCUCAUACAUAUAAAUACAUAAUAACAAAACUUGGUGUUUAUAAAAAUUGUAAGGUUCCCAGGCCUACAGACUAGGUUUUUUGACUUGUGAAAAGUUGUGUUGUAUAUUUUUAUGUACCUAUGUAAGAAGUUUAAAGUUGAAAGUGUUUUCAAUGUACAAAAUUAUAUUUCGGCCAAAAUGAAUAAAAUCUACAUUUAUUACGAAUUUAUAUUGUAGAUAUUGUGAGAAAAUUUUCGUGCAAUUUACAAAAUGAUGUCGACUUUUUUGUACAUAUAGAAUUUUAAAUCUGUGCAUUUAAGAAAAAUGUCGCAUUAUAUAAAAACAAAAGUUUAGAGAAAUGUGCUUUGAGAUUGUUUGUACAUAACAACAGUUGUUUUUAUAUAAUGUUAAUUACUGCAAUAUUUUUACACAGUAGUUAAAUGUCUGUAAUAGAUUUAGUUUGUCUUAAGGGAGAUGCGUAAUAGUUUCGUUGUAGUAAUCUAAUGCUAAUUUUAAAAGUUUGGUUUGAAGAAAUAAGUUGCCUUUAUUAGAAAAAAAAUUACUGUGCAUAUUACUGCCAUUUGGAAAUUUUCGAAAUUUCAACUACGAACGAAACUUUUAAAGUUGGUUAGUUGCUAUGAGAUUUUAUACUUUUAGGAUUUAUUUUAAGCCAUGUUGUUGCCAUAUUACCGCUUACUGAACUUUAACUGGCCACGAAAGUAGAAAACAACAAUGCUGCCGAACAACUGCCCUUGUUGUUGAAGGAAUAACAAACAACAACUCGCUAUCAAUGGUAACUGCCAUCAAACUAAAGUUGCGCGGUGGAUUGGUGAAAUCAAAAUUAAUUUAAAAGUGGGUGUUGAUUUUGAACUUAAAAAAUCUUGUUUUUAAAUAUUAGGGGUAAAGAUAGUAGGACUUUUAACAAAUUGAAAGACUUUUUUUAAAUUGUGUGUGAGUGAAUUGUGUUUUGUAAAACGGAUACGCUGCGAUUUUGUAGGAAUGGAAAAAACUGAAUUUGUCAAAAAAUGUAUAAUCUGAGUAGAUACUACUAUAGGGUGUGCAUAGAACAUAUAAAUUUUUUUUAUAUAAAACAAUCUUGUGUGUAGGGUAAAAUUAUAACAUAUUAUUUAAAGAUAUUACCCAUUUUUGUAAACAUGAAUGUUGCACGACAUACAAAGGUCUAUUAUUUUUUGUUAAAUUUGGAAAAUAUAAAGAGCUCGAAUUUAAUUUUGUGUGAUUUUUGAGAUCUACUAAGUUUUAUUGUACCUAUGAAAUGGGUAAUAAAUUACAUAUAAAAAACCAGUGAUAUGUUUUAAGUAUUUUUGCACCAUUACGUGCAGUUGUGAGUAAACAUUAUUCUUGUGAUACAAGCUAAUAGCCAUAUAGAAAAUAAUUAUUACAAAAAAAUAUUUCUUUUACUUUCUAUAUGACUAUUUUUGCACGUUGUAAUACUUAGUUGCAAUACACAUAUUAUAAGUU